GUCGAGGAGUAAACCUAUAUGGGCUGGUGCUCUUCCAACUGAGCUAUCCGGGUGCUCCCCUUCAUCAAAUAAAAUAAGACAGCAACGUGUUCUGGAAAACAAUGAGAAAGGGUUUAAUUGGGUAUUGGUGACCAACCAGUUCAGUUACAUGUAGCUAAUGUGCUGUAAUGGCUUUAAGAAUAGAUUCCAGCGGGCAUUUGUAUGUGGACUGCGUCUGUCGGAUCGUGGAGCCUAUUUGUUAUUUGGAGUUCCCCAGAAAUGAGAGAAAAAAGAAGAAAAAAAAAACCAGCCAAUUUAAUGUUAUGUUAAAUUUGGUGUCCAUUGGGAAGAGAUCAUGACUCAACCCCCCUGAGACCUGAAAUCUCCACAGCCUGCGGCCAACAUCAGCUGUUUACAGCUUGUGCUCAAUCCUCUGUGAUGCAUGAAUACUCCCACAUCGAGUGUGGCAUCAUCUUAUGCCGUUCACGUCUGGCAUUAAAUCAGCUGCACAUCUCUAUGCUGACAUAAGAGACAGAGGCAGGAACCUCUCAACGUGUGCACACUAAAAAGACAUCACUGCACCUGAGCUGUUGGAUAAGGGACGACUUCUGGCGGCAUGAACUGAACAGCAGACCGUGAAGAUCCAAGAUAAACAGGAGACGCUGCAAUGGUUAUAAAUGUGACCUCAGCACUUGAACACUGAAAGCUGUUGCGAAAGAGAGGGGUGUGGUUAACUUGUGAGUGCGAGUCAGGUAUCCAUCCCGCGCUAUAUAACCCUGUGAUCUGCGAGGAGAGCAGCAAGACAGGGCAACCACUGGGGAGACUACAUCACCAGACAACUGUCAACAAAUGGCCAACAUGAAAUCUUGGAUGAUGCUUGCAGCGCUCGCCGUCUGCCUACUGGUGUGUUUGAGCAGCUUUGCGGGCGCCUACCCUCCCAAACCGGAGAGCCCGGGGAGCAACGCCUCACCGGAGGACUGGGCCAAAUACCACGCAGCAAUCAGGCAUUAUGUCAACCUCAUCACCAGGCAGAGGUAUGGGAAGAGGUCGACCCCCGAGCAGGCGGUGGGGUGGCUGCUGUUUGGGGCUGAUUCGAACCAAGACACUGAACCACGCUUUGACUACAGUGAUCAGUAGUAAAUGAGCCCAAUGUCAACUCUUAGGCCUACUCACAUCUCCCCCGAUUCUCAUCCCCAAACAAGAAACUAAAAUUCUCUACCCGCACUUGACUUUGUGAAUCUCAUAAUUAAUUGUUUAAUGUGCAUGCGAAUCUCUCUCUCUCGCUGUUUGUCUUCCUCUGUCAC